AUGGACGACAAUCUGGGCUUGGCCCAUACAGCCGUCACGGGCUCCAUAUCUGCCGCUGCAGGCUCCGCACAAGAGUUCUUGGCCAGCAAUUUCUCCUUUGACACAGUGUCGCGUGCCACUUCGCCCGGUGUGCCUGGCUCUCUCCGCCCGGACGACGACAACAAGAAGCGCUACCGACAGCGCACCUUUAGCUAUCUUAGCCAGCUCCCCUACCCGGUCGAGGACGAGGCUGAGCGUGACGCCACCCUUGCUGCGAUUCUGAAGAACCUAUACAUCUCCAUCAAGGCCGAAGAUUUUGCACCCGGCGCCGUGCACUGGUCUCGCGAGCUGCAAGGAUGGCUGAAUCUCAAGUUCGACAUGACCCGCGACCUGCGAGCCAGCCUGGCCAAGCUCUACUACCACCUCGCCAUGGCUCCCGGCCUCGAGUCAACCGUGACCGACCGCUUUGGCCGCAUGCUGAUCACAUUGACCAAAAAGAAACACUACCUAAAGCCAGGCGAUGAUCUGGUCUUGGAUUGGCACCCGCUCUGGAAACAGCUGAAGAGCAUAGUGCUGCCCAGCGAGAUCGCUGUACACCAAUCUGUUCAGGCUCGUGUGUACAAGCAGAUAUUACGGCUCUGCUUGCACGUCCAGUCCUAUCUAGAUCCGGGUGAACGUCGCGAGAUGCUCGACGAGAUACUCCCCUACUUCAGCACCCCCGACAUAUCGAAUAGCUUCGUCGUGAUCGGCUUGCUGACCAUCAUGGUCCCCACAACCCCCGCUCCCCCAACGAAGCCACAGUCCCAGCCGUCCGCGUUUCUGCCAACAUACUUCCACCUGUGGUCGUUGGUGAACCGGUCCAAGGCCGUUGACGUCUCGUUUCUGGACAUCCUAUCACGUCUUGCAAGGGACCAUCUCACGUGCGCGCAUGUUCCUUUUACCGAGCACGGCAUCUUCACCAAAGACCAGUCCGAUCUCUUAUUUACCUCCCUUCUGCGGCUGACCGAAAUCCCUGUCGGCCAGGCGAACUCGCCCUAUGUGUCCAGCCUGUCCUAUGCCUCUGGGCUCGCAGUUUUCCUCGACAAGGACCGGAAAAAAUAUCCCAUCCCUUACAUGGCUGCCCGUUGGAUCGCCCAUUCUCUGUCACCGGCUUGCCUGCUUCCGCAAGACAACAACUCGUCGCCUGCCAGCAGCGUUCUCACGGGCCUGGAAGGCUUCUUGGAGUCGAUCGACACCUUUUUCCAUCCCUCGAACCAGGGUGUCUGGACUAGCUUCCUGGCCCAGUUUACGCAUCACCUCGCAGACAUCUUUGUUAAUCGCUGGAACCGAGAACAGAGCGGAGAGCUUAACACACCCGCGUCUCGUCGCAUCACACCCGAGCUGAAGCGCCGGUUUGUGCUGGCCCUCCGCGACGUCACGUUUAUGGGCCUCUUUGGCAAGAGCCAGAAGGUUACCGGCUACUAUUAUGUCACCCUGCAAUGCCUCGCCUUCCUCGAGCCGAGCCUCAUCCUUCCCGGCGCGCUGCAACGCUUCUACCCAAGUCUUCAGGGUCUGGUUGAGGUGCACCGAACGACAGCCAGCUUGUGUGGUCUGCAGAUGAUCGCUCAUAUCCUGUCACGCGAGAAAGGCUUCCGCUGUCAUGUGACUGCCCUGUUGGCGCUGGCCUUACCUGGCAUUGACGCCAACGAUCUGGGGAAAACCCAGCACACGUUGAGCUUCAUACAGAGCGUGGCGCAUAGCAUCCCAUUCGCGUCGCUGACGAGUGACGAGAGCGAGGUCCAUGAUACCGGCCUUGCCGUCCAAUGGGUUCAGGGCGAGAUGGAGCGCUUUGAGCGUGAGGGCCAAGACGUUGAGAUAGACUACAGCGCCGAGCUCUCAGACGAGGUGGAAGCUAGCAUUCUCCGCUCCUCCACCGCCGGCUUUGGUGAGUUCAUCCUCGCACUGCUAGGCAAGGUCUUCACCUUGGUGGAGAACCUGCCGGACUCGGCUCAUGUUCGGUCUGGGUCGCCGGAAGACAACGUGAUAAAUUCGCUGCCUGCUGCCUUUACACCAUUAUUCGCCUCGCUCUCGCCUGAGCUCUUUGAUGUUGCUCUGGAAAAGCUUGCGACCUUUGUUGGGUCGCACGUCGUCAACCAGGCCAGAGACGCGAUGGCCUGGAUUAUCAAUGCUCUCUGCAAGGUCAAUCCUGAGAAGUCUCUGAAGGUCUUCGUACCAAUGCUGAUUGUCAAUAUUCGCAACGAGAUCGACUACAAUGGGGCUGCGUCUGACCGGAAUAGUGGUGCCGAUGUUCUUCCACGGGACCGUGCCCUUGUCUGGUAUGUUAGCAUCCUCAGCAUGUGCGUCGUCCAUGUCGGAGGCGAGGUUCUGAAAUACAAGAACGAGCUCCUGUCUAUUGCAAAAUAUAUGCAGGAAAGGUGCCGGGGCCUUCCGACCCUCCACGUUUCCAAUUUUGUACAUCAUCUGCUUCUGAAUCUGACGCAGACGUACACUAUUGACAAUGCCAUGUUCGAGCCCAAUGUUAUCAAGGAUGGCGUUCGAAUUGAGCACUGGGGCCAUACCACAGCCCCCUCCGAGCUCACUAUCAAAUGGUACCGGCCUUCGCAGCCGGAAAUUCAGUUUGCAACCGAGCUCUUUGAGUCGCAGGUCAGCGGCGCCAAGGAAAAAAUGGAGGCUCUGAUGAGCGAAGAGCCACCGGUGAGCCGCAAGGGCAAAAACAAAGAGUGGAGCGACGAGCUGUCUCGUGCUUUGAGUCAAAUCCGCCUGGUUAUCUCUGGAGUGUCGGCACUGUUCGACCCUGCCCGGGCCUCGACAACGACAGGCUCUGAGGACCGGAGCGAAAGAAACGUCCAUGGCGUUGAUGACAUGCAAAUUGAUGGCGAUUCGACAACAUCUAGGAUCGUAAAGGGUGUAGACGACGACACGGCCAUGGAUGAGGACACCGAUCCGCUUGCCGAAGUUGCUGAUGAUGAUGAGCUGCGCCGCCAGUUCACCUACCCUGCGGGCUAUCUGCUGGACCCAAAGAGCGAGUUGUUUGAGCGCAUUCACGAGCUGCGCGAGGACAUCGGCCGUCUCCUGUCACAAACGCACAAGUUCCUCAGCGAGUCGCAGGAAGACGACGUGACCUGCUUUACAGCACUGUACUCUACCUACCGAACAUGGAUCACAGACGUCGGAUUCGAACGGUCGGCACACCCGCUGGAUCGCCUCCUGCGGCUCUACAGGUCUGACACAGCGUCGUUCAAAAUCAACGGACUUCGAAAAGCAUACCCGAGGGCUCUAUUGGUCAAACGUGCCGACGCUUACCAGCUGCAGAGGGUCAAGUACAACUCGACCUACCGAUUGAAGAGCGACUUGGACAAGCGUCUCCUACUGGACCUUGCGGAGUCUUGUACGUCGUUAUAUGCCGAUGUACGCCGGGUUGCGCAGAGCUCGCAGGACUCGUCUCUGAAAGUGCUGAUAGGAGGACGUCCACUGGUCAUUCCGGUUGUGCUGGACAAGCUGCGUAAUGCUUUGGACACAGUCGACCACGACCGCAUCAAGGGUGCCAUGUACACUCUGCUCUUCACGUCACUGGUUAAGACGUUACUGCGUGACUGGCGCUUUGCGCCUACGCUCAUGCGGCUGUACAUCGAAACGGCCGCGGUGGACAAGGCAUCGAUCCAACACCUGUGCGCUAGCGCGGUAUAUCCGCUGCUCGAAUUUGGCCAAGCCUUUGAGCGUAUGGUCAUCUUUGAUCACGACAUGGUGGAUGCUAUCGCGCCAACUGAGAAGACCGAGCUGGUCGAGUGUGCGAGCAAGAUCGAGAGGCGACAUACCUUUAUUGUCGGGCGUCGCGCCAAGGUCGAGAAGAACAAGGCCGCAUUGGGCCUUGAGCUGGCUGAGAAGGCAAAGACGACACACUGGAAGGUGGCUGUCCGCUGCGCGGUGUUUGCUAACAAUAUGUGUUUGCGCUUCGAAAGUCUCGCUGCACCAGCGUUUAUCGACCUUGUGGCUAGCGGAGCGAUCGACCAGCACCCGACUCUCAGGUCGAGCUACCAGAGCGCCUUUUCCAACAUCUUCAUGUUCAUAGACCGGCGAGCGGUUUAUAACCACGACUACAGGCUUUGGCUACUCGAAAAGGAGAUGAGCAAGAACAAGCUGGAGAUCCCUGUGCCUUCUGACGGCGGCGAUGCAGAGUGGACUCGCCAGUACCUUGAUUCCUUCAGCCAACAGGUUGCCGAAGGCGAUGAGCCUGGUGAUGCUGUCCCGGAGUAUUUUGUCGACUCUGACUAUCCAGGCUGGCUGGCUUGGGGCAAGUCGUUUGUUGCAUACCGAGCAAAGCCGGCUGUGUUCGAUGGGUACGACGAAAUCGAAAAGGCUGCACGAAGCCAGAUUGGGGCGAUCCUCACCAAAGACUGGCUCAGACAGUGCUUCGACUACAUGAAGCAGGAGCCGCGCGACACGCAUGCGGACAGGUUCAAGGUUUCGGACGUGUCCCUGCUGACGCACAUCUUUGAGCUGGUGCACAGCGGCAUUGCGGCGGUGACGUUUGACGAGGUCAAGGAAUUGACGCUCGAGGUGUACGGAGACGGCUCUGACAGGCACCAGCACCGAGCGACGGCAGAGAUUCUGGCGGCGCUGCUGUCACGCGGCGUGGAAGAGCCGAGAGAAUACCGCAACCGUGCAUGGGCGUUUGCGGCGCCGAUGCUCCUGCAUGUGAUCAACGAAAAACUUACGCCCGAAAACCUGCAGUACUGGAUGACGUGCGUGCAUAUGAUCACAGGCCUUCGAGACCCGCGCCGGUCGCGCGAGUUGGUGCUGGGCCUCGAGUCUUUCCGGCUGGACAUGACGUCCAACGCGGCUUUCAAAGACUCGUCGAGGGUGUCGUUGCUUGAGUUUCUCAUCAGCGAUGCUGGCUGGCACUUCCGCGACGAACAGCCGAUUCUGAACGACAUUCUGCAGCACCUGGACCACCCGUACAAGGCAGUACGUGAAGCCAUGGGCCGCAUAUUGGCGACAAUCUACCGCACUCGCUACUACGAGGCCUUUCCGACGGUGGCGGCGCUGCUGGAAGCUAACAAGGAGGCGUCGUCGAUCGGGAUUCGGCCGUACAAGCCGUCGGCACAGUUCUCUGACACGGUUGCCGAUGUCUUUAAGCGGCUGGAGGCAUGGAGGCUGGAGCGAGUGCCCGGACAGCAAGAACAGAGCAGUUACACCUCAGGCUCGAAGACGGUGCUGAUCUGGCUGGACUGGAUGCUGUCUUCUCAGGAGUGCACGCAGCUGGUCGAGUUUUUCCCGGAGCCGUUUAUCGAUCAGCUCCUGCACAUGAUGGACGUCAAGGAAGACCCCGAGCUGAUGCGUCUGGCUUACCACGUGUACCGACACCUGCCCAACGUGCCGCUGCGCGAAGGCGAGGACGACGCGUUUAUUCGCAAGCUCAUCGACGUGGGACGAUCGGCCAGCAGCUGGCACCAGCGUCUGCGGGCGCUAAUCAACAUGCAGCGCAAGUUGCUCUUCGAUUCGGUGGGCGACAUGCUGGCAGACUCGCAGCUCGAAGUGCGCGACUCGGCUGCGGCUACGUUGGCCGGCAUGAUUCGAUGCUCACCUGGCAGCAUCCGCAAUCCGAUCAUCCAGUCGCUCAAGCUCCGCUUCCAGGAACAGCUGCGGGCGAAUCCCAUGCCCAAGAAGAAGCGGGCUCUGGCGGCAGAUGAGACCGGACGCGACACGCCUGUGGACAUGCAGCGCCAGGUCAUCCGACGCCAUGCUGCGGUGCUCGGCUUGGGAGCCCUGAUCGAGGCGUUUCCCUAUGCGACACCACCUCCGGCGUGGAUGCCGGAAGUGUUGGCACAUCUUGCGACGCGCACGGCGAACGACCCCGGCGUGGUUGGAAACGCAACCAAAUCGAUCUUGGCUGAGUUCAAGAAGACACGACAGGACAGUUGGACUGUUGACCAGAAGCUAGAGGACCUGGAAGGUGUUCACUGGAAGAGCUAUUUUGCUUGA